AUGAGAUCACCCGUCACGCUGCUACUUCUAACCCUGAGCUUCAUCUUCUUCAAUGGGGAAGAAGAAGCGACAACUGCAACCACCGAGGUCUCCCCCGAAUCCCCAUGGGGCCGCAUCUACCUGCGCAAUGGAUUGGCCCCCAUCCAGUACCUCCGCGACGAUUUUGGUGGUCCGAUGACAUCUCGCGAGGUCUCGCUCUACUUCCCCAAGCGCAGGAAGAACCGGUUCGGCUGCGAACUACUUCCUGAAUCCGAAUCAAUGGAAGUUGAGGCGGCCAACCGCUCGGUCGUGCUGGUCGUGGAUCGCGGGGAGUGUACGUUCGAGCACAAGGCUCUUCUAGCCGACCAAAUGGGCGCCGCUGCUCUCUUAGUGGUGAGCCCCACAGACGACGUCAGUGCUCCUGUAGCAGCAUUAAAGAAUGACGAAGAAAUUUCCAUUGCAUCCGUCAUGAUCCGGCGUACUGGUGGCGACAUGCUGCGCAUUGCAGCCGAGCAGAUGACCAUCUACGGUCGCUUUAUCCCCAUGACCUGUGAGCGCAAGCCGUACACGUGCAAGCCUCGAUAUGCAGACGAAGAAGAUUACAUAGAAUCCGCAAUAGCACGCAGCGGCGUGGUCUUGUCUGUUGACAAAAAAGGAGACGAUGGAACCCAAGUAGGAACCUUCUUGGCAGCGACCUAUGGCAGUGUACUACCCACAAAAAUGCCGUUCCUUCUGGCAGCCCCACUCGAUGGAAUUCAAGCAUGCACAGACGCCACAAAGGACAGUGCAACCCACUCAGAAUUUGAAGGAAAAGUUGUGCUGAUUCCAGCAGGACUAGCAGGAAAAUGCUCCGAGUUUGAGAAGGUGUCGAAUGCCCAGCGUCGCGGUGCAAACGUCGUGGUGCUCAUGCAGCAGGACAACGCAACCAUUACGACUCAGCCAGGCGUCCCAGUGAGCUGGCAUGCAUACAACAUCACGAUCCCAGUACUCGCCGUCUCCAGCACCACUGGCGCCAAUCUAGCGGGUCUCAAAGACGCACACGGAGACGCUGCACGCCUGCGCUUUGCAGUAAGCAACGGCAUUGCUGACGCGUGGGAACUGCUCAAACAGUACUCGACGCGUUCAUCCUGGCCAAAGCGUGUGAAACGAUGCAGCAAGACUCUAGCUCAGCUCCUCUAUCAGCUUCGUGGGUUUGGAGGAGAUAUCGAAGUGGAGGAAGCACUCAAGAGUAUGUUCCUCAACGUCGUCAGCGGGAGCCUGCAAGACUGGGAGAAAAUCGCUCAUCCCGACCAAGACGCAGACCAAGACCAUGAAACCCAGAAGAGAAGUUCUUCCGAGAAGAUCGUCCAGACAGUGGAGAAGUCAGAGACCCGUGACGAAUUCUAG